CCUGCCCUGGGAUCGUGGAGAAUCUAGGAGAGCAUCCAACACUGCUGGAGCUGAGCACCCAGGGCAGCCUGAUGGACUCUCUUCACUUCACUUGGUUAUGCUUCCUCCUCCUGACCGUUGCAGCUCCCUGUCCAAAUAUUGCCAUGCCCAGUGGCAACCCUGAUGAGCGAACGCGAGACUCUUCCUCUGGCAAAACAAAUGUGACAGUCUACCACUGCAAAGGCUGUAAGAGCAACGUAUGUGAAUCAUCCAAUUACGAAGAGUUUGUAAAAAUUGGUGAAACACAAAGUGAGGUAUUUUCAAACGAAAUACUUCAGUUGGUGACCAACGAAACACACAUCAAGAUGUGUUUUCAGCAAGAAAAUACUUCUGAAGGUUUUUAUGCCAUCUUCUGGGAGAAACCCAUAGGAGCAGGAGACGCAUGUAAUUACCUGGAUCUUACAGUUUCCUCAGAAAACGUGUGGGGUAACGUUCAAAUCUGCUGUGAUGCAAAGACUGACAUUUCGGUGCCCAACUCUCGCCUGACCUGCUACCCUGAACCACCAGAUGAGAAAACCAGACCAUCAACAGCCUACAGCACUGGAGACCUAGGUGAUCUUCCACUUCCAAAAAGCAAAAAGAGCAGCAUUGGCAUCAUCACCCCGGUAGUGAUUGUUGGGUUUUGUGCAGCAGCACUGGCGAUAUGGUGGGUUCUACAGAAACGAAAUGGUCAAGCUGUUGGAAAAACCAAAAGGGUUCCUGACAAGGAAAACCUCACACCUUGAAAAAUAUCUACAAGUGACAAAACCAGGAGUCUAUGCCAGCAGCAUACGCCUCAGUAACGGCACACAGCGGUCAGCUAAAAAAAAAGAUGCUCGUUUGAUACAUGAUCUCAUGGCAGUUUUCAUAAAUGUACCUUCACCAAAUCCACCCAUUCACUGAAGACUCUGAUUGCCACAGUCAUCCAGCUCCAGGUCUUCACAAGCAGCACAAGAAGCUCCCUGAGUCCCCCAUCCUUUCCUGGUGCUUCGCUGAGGACAGCAGCACAGGUUUAAACCAGCUGAAUUCUCACAAUGCUUUUCGUGACUGAAACGAUCAGUUAAUCUCAAAUUCUUCAGAGGUCAGAGGACUGUAUCUGUGAUCAGGAAGGAUGUGUUGAACCCUGAAACAGACACGCUCUGCAUGUCUUCCAUUUUGUAACACAAUAGCAUGGCCAUAGAUUUUUAUUUUUUUAACUCUCAGGUGGCCUUUUGUACAGGUGACUGGUUUGUUGAAUUAAAGAUGUUUGGCCUUUUGAA